AUGGCCUGCGUCCACCUUUCAGCGUCCGAGCCACCUGUUCCGCGAGAAGAUGGAAAGAUAGGGCGAAUCCAGAGCCUAGAAAAGGGGAUGGAGAUUCAUUCUCUCGCCGCAAAGUUUGGACGCUGCGAGCACAGAUUUGUCGGGAGCAGCUUGGUGGACAUGUAUGCCAAGUGUGGAGAUAUGGUGAAAGCUCGAGCAGUUUUCAAACGCAUGCCUAGACGGGACGUUGUCGUUUGGACGAACUUGAUACAGAGAUAUAUAGACAACGUCCGAGAUAUCGUCGCCUGGAAUGCACUGAUCACGGGAUUCGGCCAACAAGGUGACACGUCGCGCGUGUUCCAAGCCUUUCGCGAGAGGCGAGAAGAUGGCGUGCGAGCAAACGCAAUCACGUUUGUCUCGGUCAUCACUGCUUGCAGCCACGGCGGCCUAGUUGAACGAGGCAGGGAGUUUUUCCAGGCAAUGGACCCGGACUCUGGCAUUGUUUGCGGGAUUCAUCACUACAGCAGCUUGGUGGAUCUCGUAACCGAGUGGAAGAGGCCUUGA